AGAGGGAGUAAACAGAAAAGGCUUUGAGCUUAUUUUCCCCCUUUCUCUCAUUCCGUGAGGAUGGAGCUGGAUAUCUAGACAGAACAGCCGGAGCCUACAGAGUUCCUACUGAGCCCCCAAAUCAAGACCACAUCAAGACUCCCCGACUCUGUCUGUCACAGCAGAGCACAGCAUGAAGCUCUGGGUUGUGCUUUGCAUGGCGCUGCUCUGGGUGGAGCUCCAAAACGGUGCCUGCCAGCAGGUCAAGCGGAGAAAAGAUGUCGGAGAGAACCGCAUACGCCCGGGGGGGAAGCGGUUCAAGGCGCGGCCGACCAAACCAAAAGACGGAGGAGUGAAAGUCCAGUCCCUGCUGACCCAGGUGCUAGAUAAGGGCCGCUUUCUGCGCCUGGGCCCGAGCAUCACCAUGACCCCCGGGAGGAGCAUGGAGCUGCGCUGCAAAGGCAAUUCCAUCGGAUGGUCGUACCCGGCCUACCUGGACACCUUCAAUGACUCGCGCCUCAGCAUCAAGCCCAGCGACAAGUACAGCCAGCUGAUCCUGACAUCGCCCUCUGCUGCCGACACGGGGCCCUACAGCUGCUGGGUGAUCGUGUGUGACGGCCCGGAGUGCGAGAGGGACCACGAUCGCACCUACGCCUCAUACAUCUAUUUCACGGACAAAGACAACUUCUUCGUCCCCUCGCCCGUCCACUUUGAGAUUGUGUACCUGCGUCCGGACCGGCCCGCCGUGGUGCCGUGCCGCGUGACCAACCCGCAGGCCAAGGUGUCCCUGCACAGAGAAGUCCCUCCGGAGGAGAUCCUAGCCAACGGGACGCAGCUGACCUACGACCCCACCAAAGGGUUUGUCCUGCAGAACCCCAGCCCGGAGCACCAGGGGGUCUUCUACUGCCGGGCCGUGACCAAAGGCACCCCUCAGAUCUCCAGCAAGUACCAGCUGCUCUACGUGGAGGUGCCGAGUGGGCCACCGUUUGUGAGUCUUGACGCCUCUCCAAAGUCAGUGGGAGGAGGAGACAGCAUCAAUGUCACUUGCACGGUGUUGGGGGAGCCAGAGGUGGACGUGAGCUUCACCUGGUUUUAUCCUGGUCAGGGCCGUCGCCCGGUUCACAUCCAGACUUCCUGGAGGCUGGUGGACAGAGGAAUGAGCCACACCACGCGGAUCACCCGCAGCGUCUUGACUCUGGAAGACAUGGAGACAAUUGACUUUGGAAACUACAUCUGCAAAGCCAAGAACCAGAACGGGGAGACCAUCGUAGCGACCACCAUUGUCUCAAAAUAGCCUCGGCAACGGGGCCCGUUGCUGAGAUGUACCUGGAAUACAGCAGCAACAGAGAGGAAAUAGACACGUAUAGACGGACAAAUGGGUGUUUUUAGAUUGCACAUUGUGAUAACAUUAAGGAUUUGCUACAUUCUCAGACUGGACCUUUCCUGUGUGUUUGCAGCUGAUGGGCUGACAUGACUGUACAUGUCUGCAUUAAAAAAAAAAAAAAGAAUUAUGCAUGAGGUCAAACAGAAGUGUUUAGAAUGUUUUACUCAUUUGAGAGGAUGAUAUGGAGGACAAUGAGCCCACAUAUGAAUGCAAUGGGUCUGAAGGAGUGCAGCGCUUGGGGACGUUUGACAACAUGCUUCAUGCGCUGCAGGUUUCAGAGCUCAUCUUAACUCUGCAACAUUCGAAUGGAGACGCAUUAGAAACAAUAGCAGCGGCCAUCGGACACUCGCUGCCGCUGUGCAGCAUGUUGUCAAAGAGCAAGCGGAAAAUCUGGUUUAGAACUGAGCGGGUGGCAGGACGGCGUCCUAAUGUGCUCCAGAUGAGGAAUGUGGUCUGCAGCCACACAACGCAUUCUGGUCCAAUGCAACACUUGCUGCAGUUUUCCACUUUGCUGAGUAGUUACUUUGUUGUUUUGAUUUUGGAAUAAGCUUCAGCUUCAAAUAAAAAGCAAGGAUAUUUGAUA